UUUUUCCGGGUACCCGUGAGUCGGUUGGGGGAGGGCAUCCUCUCUCACCCUGGCCGCUCAUUCUGAGACCCGGGGCUGUCUGCUGAAUGAAUUCUGCCGGAAAAUGGAACACUCCAGUUUUCUGGCCGGCCUGACACUGUCUGUCCUUCUCUCCCAAGUGAGUCCCUACAAGAUAUCCGUGGAGGAACUGGAGGACAAGGUGUUGCUGAGUUGUAACACUAGCAUCAUAUGGAUGGAGGGAACGAUGGGAACGCUAUUUCGCAACGAUACAAAUCUGGACCUGGGAAAACGCAUCCUGGACCCACGAGGAGUGUAUACGUGCAAGAGGCCAGACGAACAAGACAAGAUACCUUACACGCAAGUAUAUUAUCGAAUGUGUCAGAACUGUGUGGAACUGGACUCAGGCACCCUGGCCGGCAUCAUCAUCACGGACAUAUUCGCCACUCUUCUCCUCGCUUUGGGGGUCUAUUGCUUUGCGGGAUAUGAGACCGGAAGGCUCUCUAAGGCCGCUGACACUCAAGCUCUCCUGGGAAAUGACCAGCUCUAUCAGCCCCUGCGAGAUCGGAAUGAUGCUCAGUACAGUCAUCUUGGUGAAAACUGGCCUCGGAAGAAGUGAACCGGAGACCGGUGGCUUAUAGGAGUAUC